AUGCCAGAGAACACUACACGCGCCAUGGAGGAAGAUAUGGAGACCUUCGCCUUCCAGGCUGAGAUUGCUCAGCUGAUGUCCCUGAUCAUCAACACUUUCUAUUCCAACAAGGAGAUCUUCCUUAGGGAGCUCAUCUCAAACUCCUCAGAUGCCUUGGAUAAAAUCCGCUAUGAGAGCUUGACUGACCCCAGCAGACUUGACUCCUGCAAAGAGCUGAAGAUCGAAAUCAGGCCCGACCUUCACGCACGCACUCUUACCCUGGUUGACACUGGUAUAGGCAUGACCAAGGCGGACUUGAUUAACAACUUGGGCACCAUUGCCAAAUCUGGAACCAAAGCAUUCAUGGAGGCCCUGCAGGCUGGAGCUGACAUCUCCAUGAUUGGUCAGUUUGGCGUUGGCUUCUACUCUGCCUACCUGGUGGCUGAGAAGGUGACAGUGAUCACGAAGCACAACGAUGACGAGCAGUACAUUUGGGAAUCUGCAGCCGGGGGUUCUUUCACAGUUCGACCUGACACAGGAGAGUCCAUUGGCAGAGGCACAAGAGUUAUCCUGCACCUUAAAGAAGAUCAGACUGAAUACUGCGAGGAGAAGCGCAUCAAGGAAGUUGUGAAGAAACACUCACAGUUCAUUGGCUACCCUAUCACACUUUACGUGGAGAAGACAAGGGAGAAGGAGGUGGACCUUGAGGCAGGGGAGAAAGAGGAGGAUGCUGAAAAAGAUGCCGCUGAGAACAAAGACAAACCGGAGAUUGAGGAUGUUGGCUCUGAUGAGGACGAGGACACCAAGGAGAGCAAGAACAAGAGGAAGAAGAAGGUUAAGGAGAAGUACAUGGACCAGGAGGAGCUAAACAAAACAAAGCCCAUCUGGACCCGCAAUCCUGAUGACAUAACCAACGAAGAGUACGGCGAGUUCUACAAGAGUCUUACCAAUGACUGGGAAGACCACCUGGCUGUUAAACAUUUCUCUGUUGAGGGUCAGUUGGAGUUCAGAGCACUGCUUUUUGUACCUAGAAGGGCUGCCUUUGACCUCUUUGAGAACAAGAAAAAGAGGAACAACAUCAAGCUUUAUGUUCGCAGGGUCUUCAUCAUGGACAACUGUGAGGAGCUUAUUCCAGAAUACCUCAACUUCAUCAAGGGUGUUGUAGAUUCUGAAGACCUGCCCUUAAACAUCUCUAGAGAGAUGCUGCAGCAAAGCAAGAUCCUCAAGGUCAUUCGCAAAAACCUGGUCAAAAAGUGCUUGGAACUGUUCAGUGAGCUUGCUGAAGACAAGGACAACUACAAGAAGUGUUAUGAGCAAUUCUCAAAGAACAUCAAGCUUGGCAUUCAUGAGGAUUCCCAGAAUAGAAAGAAAUUGUCUGAUAUGCUACGAUACUACACCUCCUCUUCUGGAGAUGAGAUGGUUUCUCUGAAGGACUAUGUUUCCCGCAUGAAGGACAACCAGAAACACAUCUAUUACAUUACAGGCGAGACAAAAGACCAGGUGGCAAACUCUGCAUUUGUGGAGCGCCUCCGAAAAGCCGGCUUGGAGGUUAUUUACAUGAUUGAACCCAUCGAUGAGUACUGCGUCCAACAGCUGAAGGAAUAUGAUGGGAAGAACCUCGUCUCCGUCACCAAGGAAGGCCUUGAGCUUCCCGAGGAUGAGGACGACAAGAAGAAACAGGAGGAACUCAAAACUAAGUUUGAGAAUCUUUGCAAGAUCAUGAAGGAUAUCCUCGACAAGAAAAUUGAAAAGGUAACAGUCUCCAACCGCCUGGUCUCGUCACCCUGCUGCAUUGUCACAAGCACCUACGGCUGGACAGCCAACAUGGAGAGGAUCAUGAAGUCGCAAGCCCUGAGGGACAACUCUACCAUGGGCUACAUGACAGCUAAGAAGCACCUGGAGAUCAACCCGCUCCAUCCAAUUGUGGAGACCUUAAGGGUGAAGGCCGAGGCAGACAAGAACGACAAGGCGGUGAAGGACCUCGUCAUUCUUCUGUUUGAGACUGCCCUGCUGUCAUCGGGAUUCACACUUGAGGACCCACAGACGCAUGCCAACCGCAUCUACAGGAUGAUCAAAUUGGGUCUUGGCAUUGACGAGGAUGACUCGGCAGUGGAGGACCUCGCCCAGCCUGCUGAAGAAGACAUGCCAGUUCUGGAGGGCGAUGAUGACACGUCAAGAAUGGAAGAAGUCGACUAA